AUGGCUGAAAAGAGGCCAUCAUCCAUGCCUGGCUCAGCUGCAAAACGGCCGCGAAUCUCCUACGAUGACAGCGAUGACCAGUCGGAGGUGACAUCCUACGAGCGACCUCGCAACGACCCCCUUUACGGGCAGAAGAGCGCAUUCCCAGGUCUGGACGAUGCAAGCGACGAGCUGUUUUACGGGCCCGCAGAGGAUGGGCUGGAGUACCUGCGCAUGGUCCGAUCCGAAGCCAACGCGCUACCUUCACUGUUCGCCGCACCGGUCCCUACCAAGGAGAUCGCGACCCCGACCACCGAUCCACAGGUAGAGCCGAGUGCAGCUGGCCCGCGCCGGAAACCCUUGACGACGGGGUUCUUCGCAGACGAAGCGUACAUCGCCCCGACAGACAAGACCAGCGAUUCCGCGACCGCGCAUGCCCGCGACGCAACGAAACAACUCUACCCAGAUGCACAGUCCUCAUACUACAAUCUCCUCCACCAUCGAUUCCUACUCCUCCGCUCUACCCUGCGAUGCUCUCCCCCCGCAUCCGCCAUCGCCGCCCUCGACGACGCCCAUCCAAUAAGUCUCCCCCGAAACCACGCCGGCGCCCGCAAGGAGUGGCGCCACCUUCUGCUCACCGAGGACCCGCAGAUGGUCCAGCUGGCGUGCAUGGACCUGGACAGCGUCUUGGGGGUGCUGAAGAUCCUGGCGCGGACAAUAUCGGAUAACGUGCGCAGUGGGAGUGCAGCGCGUGUGCGUCGGACGGGCGCCUGGGCGUGGGGCUUGCUGGGCAAGUGCCGCGAUGUCGGCGAACUGGCUACCGAGGAGGUUGGCGACAUUCGAGAUCUGGGGAAACGCGCCCUGACGAUCUCGCAGAAGAUGCGCGAGGCGGAAUCUACUCGUGCGGCGGAGAUGGAGGCGGAAUUGUCUGAUUCGGAUCCAGGAGAAAGUACCCAAGCGGCUGGUGUUGGCCAGGCAGAGGGGGAUAUUGAGUCGGUAGAACCCCUGCAACCUGAGGAACCGGGCUCGGAGAUGCCCGAUGCGGCGCUGAAUCAGCCUGCUGAGCUUGAGGCUGCGAAGGCACGAUUGCAGGCGCAGCUGCAGGACAGCGCUGAUCCGGAUGUGGCCGAUCCCGGGGAUGGGCAUGAAGACGAGGACGAGAGUGAGGACACGGCGCAGCAGAGUCGGGCCAUGCUGGAUAUGAUUGUCACAGUGGCGGGCGAGUUCUAUGGGCAGCGGGAUCUGCUGGAUGCGCGCGAGGCAUGGCUGUAG